AAAUGUUCUGGUGCACCUGUAUAUCAUCAUCAUCCUAUUUAUGACUAUUUUUGUCCUCUGCAUCUGUAUUAAAGAAUAGAUUUAUAGAAAUGUAGAGCCAAGAAGAUGUGAUUAAAUAGGCAGAAGAGAACUUCCCACCUAUCUUCACUGACACCGAAACUUGUCCGUUUCCAUAAACUCUUAAUCUUUGUCAGCCUCUCUUAUGGUUAAUCUUGACAUUAAUCUUUCUCAUCACGCAACCCUUUAUUGGUGAAACUUCAACUAUUCCUGGAAAUGAAACAGAUUCUGAAUUUUCUAUAGAUAGUUUUCCAUCUUGUCGGUCACGUUUUGUCCUCGGAAUCUAAUAUAUAACUUCACUAGAAGGCUGUAAAUUUGGAAGUGUGAGAUUAUGCAGAAGAAACGAGAGAUCUCUGAGUACAGAGAGAAGUUGGACAAGACCCUGUCUUCUCCUGAGCUCACCGAUCAUGAGACUCUCAAAUCUCUUCUCAGAAACCAGCUUUACUCUUCUCAAGAGUGUAAUGAAAAUAUAUUGGAUAAAAGAGCAGCUGAUGUAUCAAAGCUACUUAGCAUGCUUAGGAGUGUUUCAAUGACGGAUGCAUCACCAUCAUCACAUGGUGAUUGGAAAAUAAAACAAGAUCUUGAAGAUUGCCGUGUCAUGUACCGCGAAGGGCUUGAAGGAAGUCCUUUUCACACUUUGCUCGUUGAAGGUUACAUGGAUUCCCCUAUCGAAGACUGUUUGUGUGUUUCUUGGGAAACAGCCCUCUACAAGAGUUGGUGGCCACAGUUUGCGUUUCCACCAUUUAAGAUUUUACAAGGCACAUGCUUGCAUAAGGUCCAGACCGGUGAACAAAUAUGUCUAGUGAGGAUGAAGGUUCCAUGGCCAUUGUCAGAAAGAGAGCUUAUAGUGCACUACUUCUUGUUUGAAUAUUUUAAAGAUGGCUUAGUUGUCGUCCUUCUGAACUCGAUAUCUGAUUUAGAUAGCAUUGGAGUUUCCAGUAAGGAGAAAGUUAUACCUGAAGCAACGAGUGCAGUGAGGGUUGAUCUCGUAGGUGGAUUUGCUUUACAGAAGGUUACUUCACAGAGGAGUUUCGUCAGGGUGAUAGGGGAACUUGAUAUAAAGCUGGACUUGGUCCCUCCGUCUCUUAUGAAUUUUAUCGCUAGGCAGAUCGUCGGCAAAGGUUUCAAACUGUAUAAAAAGGCAGCUGGUUCGGUGGCGAAACUUGAUGAAGAUUUCAGCAGAGCUUUAGCUGAUCCUUUGUACAUUAACAUACGUCAAGCUAUGUAUUCAACUAAUAAAGCAACUGAGGAAGAACAAGAGUUGGAGACGGAGAAUAAACACGAAAAUGAUGAAGAUGAAACUGUCCAUUGCAGACGAGCGAUUUUGGAGAUUGAGGAGGAAAAAGAAGAAUAUUUUGAGGAAAGUGUUUCUUUUGAGGAGAGGAAUGUAAAUGGCAAUAUCAGAAGACAGUUUAGCAUUAGUACAGAGGUGGAACAAGCUUUAGGAACUCUAGAUAGAGCAAUAAACAUGGUUAGGAAUAUAACACCGGUCAAAGAAGAUGUGGAGUUCCCGCCAAAUAAAACAUAGGAUCAGACAAAGAAAGUAAGUUUGUCAGAGAUAAUUUGAAAAUGUUCCUCAAAGAUCACACAGAGUCAAGAUUUUUCAACAUCAAGAGGGGAGCUAUUUUAGUCAAGAAGACAAGAGAGAGCAGGAGACAGGAGAUGAUCACUUAAACAAAGGUAAGAAACAGAACUAGGGCCAGCCCUGAGAUUUUGGAGGUUUUAGGCGAUUUUUGUAAAGAUUUCGUUGAAAAAAAAUAUUAAAAAAAUUUGGGAGCCAUUUUAAAAAAUUUGGGAGUUUAUGUAUAUGUAAUUUUUUUCAAAAAAUAUGGGACUGCGAAUGUUUCAUCGGGCUUUA